GAGUUCUGUCAUUUCAUCAGACGACAACAUGCAUGCUGCCCGGCUGUGAAUGGACACCUCCGCCGCUGUAGCUCUGAUCAUAUGAAGUGUUUUUGUAUGAUCGCUGUUGAAUUAAUCAAACCCAGAAGCGCUCACAGUUCAGCCUCGGCUCGUCGCCUCGGAGGAGAGAUGUGUAAAGAGCUCAAGACCAAAGUGCUGCGUUUGCUGCCGCCGACCUCCAAUGGGCCAUGUGUUCACCAGGAGGGCCAAACAGAUGGUGCUGAAAUCCUGAGUUGUACAGCGAAGGCUCUGAAGGAGGGGUAUGUGGUCGGCGUGCCCACAGACACCAUCUACGGCCUGGCAUGUCUGGCCCAGAACUCUGAAGCCGUCAGAAAAACCUACGACGUCAAAGGACGAAAUGGACAUAAACCGCUGGCCAUCUGUGUGGGAGAAAUCCAGGAUAUCUAUAAGUACUGUAAGGUGAAGGUGAAGGAAGGGCUGCUAGGUGACCUGCUGCCUGGUCCCGUCACUCUGGUGUUCGAAAGAUCUGAAGUACUGAACACAGAUCUGAACCCGUUUACUUCACUUGUCGGCGUUCGUAUCCCAGACCAUGCCUUCAUGAGACGCCUCUGCCAGAUGUGUGCUGAACCACUCGCUCUUACCAGCGCCAACAUCAGCUCACACACCAGCACCGUGGCCGUGCAUGAGUUUCAGGAGCUCUGGCCCAAACUAGCAGUGGUGGUGGAUGGCGGACCAAUAGGAGACCACAGCCGCCUCGGAUCAACAGUGGUCGACCUAUCGGUACUCGGCAAAUACCGCAUCAUCAGACCCGGCUGUGCUUUUUCUUCUACGGUUGAUGUGCUGGAGCAAAAAUAUGGACUGUCAGAAGACUCUGGGGAAGAUUGACCUUUUGAACUUUUCACACAACACACGCUGACACGCACAACCAGCGUUGACCGUUGGCUUCUUCAGAAAAGACGAAAAAGCUUUUCAUCCUCACAUGGAAGAACGAGUCUUUCCGAAGAAGGACUAGAACUCAGGAACUACUCGACAGCUUGUUCUGGUGGCUGCUUUAAGGUCUGGAGUUACUCUUUUCUUUUGGUGACCAUAUUUCUGCCUUACUAUGUGUCUUCUAUCAUGGGAUUAUGGGGGAUCUUAAAGUGUCACAGUUCUCUACCAUUUAUUCAGAAACACAGAACGUCAGCUAUAUAGAAUGGAAUUUAUUUAUUUUUUGCAUAAAAUUAAAACUACACAUCUUUUUGUAUUGUCAAAGGUAUGUGGCUUUACAGAAAAUACAAUGGUUUGAGUUUUUAUUUUAAUAUUUCUAUAAUGGUUCGAGGUGUCACAGGGCCCUAUUUCAUUUUUCUUAAAUAGUUCUUGGUGAUAACAGUAGGGAUGGGAGGAGUUCUGUGAAUUGCAUUGAUAAUACAUCAAAACAUUUAUUAUCUUAUGAAUCUCCUGUAUUUAUUUUAUCCGCAUGUCAUUUAAACCGUGUCAGGCUUUCACUACAAUUGGUCACUUGCAACAGUUACAAUAACUCUGUUUUUAUGUUGGAGUCUAAACUACAAUUAAAAGUUUGAAAAUACUGUAAUAUUUCAGAUUUAUGUUGGUCAGCAUGUUGGAUAAGUGGAUGAACAAUAUGAAAUUCUUCUGCCCCUUUGCACCUUUAAAAACUGGAGCAUUUUUAAAAUUCUCAUCGCCUGACUAGACACAUUUUGAUGGAUUGCAUAACCUUUGCGCAGCCAAAAUAAAAGUUGGGUUUUUUUCAUUA